AUGAGUUCGCGAUGGUGGAGUACCGCGUCAACAGAACAGCACACCCAGUUGGCGGCCCAACAGCUAGAGUUGGGUCGCAUAGAGACCACAACUGUCUCGCCCCAGAAUACUCCCAGCUUGGAGGAGCCCAAUGCAAGCCGACGAAUCUGCGCCAACCAGAAGCACCGCCCUGGUGUAAGCUAUGACGCUAGAACUCGAAAACGACAACUCUAUCUACAUAACUUCUUAGAACGACCUCGAGGAUGGAGAGCCAUUCUCUACCAUCUAUGCGUGUUCUGCAUGGUCUUCGCCUGUCUAAUUUUGAGCGUGUUCGCAACGAUCGACACGUACGAAGCAAAGGCGAGUUACAUCCUACUGCAGAUGGAGAUUGUCAUGGUGGUUUGGUUCACGAUAGAAUUUUUCUGCCGAUUAUGGUCGGCCGGAUGCCGCUCAAGAUACCAAGGAUGGUGGGGACGACUUCGCUUUUUAAGAAGUCCUUUUUGUAUAAUCGAUAUCGUUGUUAUUGUGGCAUCGAUAGUUGUUUUGGCUCUUGGGACACAAAAAUUCGCAGCCUCCGCUCUUCGAGGUUUGCGUUUCUUCCAAAUUCUUCGUAUGGUUCGAAUGGAUCGUCGAGGAGGAACGUGGAAGCUCCUCGGAUCCGUGGUGUACGCCCAUCGUCAGGAGCUCAUCACCACUUUGUACAUCGGCUUUUUGGGAUUGAUUUUUAGCUCGUUUUUGGUAUACCUUGCCGAAAAAGAAGUGAACAAAACAAAGUUUGGCAAUUUUGCGGACGCUCUCUGGUGGGGUGUAAUCACACUGUGUACUGUAGGAUACGGAGACACUGUCCCCGUCACGUGGCCCGGAAAGCUGAUAGCAUCGUGCUGUGCGCUUAUGGGCAUCUCGUUUUUCGCCCUCCCUGCCGGAAUUUUAGGUUCCGGGUUCGCCCUGAAAGUUCAGCAACAGCAACGGCAGAAACACAUGAUUCGUCGGCGGGUCCCCGCAGCUACUCUAAUUCAAUGUCUUUGGAGGUGUUACGCAGCCGAUGAGAACUCCAUGUCCGUAGCUACAUGGAAGAUCCACCAGGUCCCCCUGCCCAGUCCACCCACAUAUGGUUCAUUCACUCAAUCAAAGACAAGAAGAGAUCGACUCGAUCUGCCCCCAAAGGCGGGUCCAAAUCUGACGGACAGAUUCAAGCACAACACGUCCUUCGUCUCGCGGCUGUCGACAAUUCGAAGAGGCCGUCACCAUCCCCAACACGGUUCCCACUUGCCACACUCCCCGCUGUCGAGGACGGGACCUCAUGACACUUCAGGCGAGUCUUGCGCCCCGUCCCGACUGCCGCCAACUAGUUAUAGCCACGAAACCGACGCUAUAUCGGAUUCUGCGUCUAAGCGAAAUUCGGACGACGAAGAAGCAGAGGAAACUCAGCCGAAGUUAACUGUACUCACGAAGCAGCACAAAAACGCAAUAAGAGCGCUAAGGAAGAUCAAGUACUUUGUCUCGAGAAGAAAGUUCAAGGAGGCAUUGAAACCGUACGACGUAAAAGACGUCAUCGAACAAUAUUCGGCAGGCCACGUGGACCUGUUGGGUCGGACAAAGAACAUUCAGGCGCGACUCGACUUGAUUCUUGGAAAAGCAGGAUCCAAAGCAAAGGAUGUUUACGACUCAAAGCAGUCUCUGGCGUCGCGCAUCGUCAAAGUCGAACGCUCUGUCGAGGAUAUCGAGUCGAAGCUCGACCAGCUGUUGGAGAUGUACAUGGAGGAUCGUCGGGGCCCGGUUCAGCCAGUUCCCCCUCGAAUGUCUCGUUUACUACACGGUGGGCCUCCUCCCCCUCCUCCUCCAUCGAUAGCCCCCUCUAUUGCGCCCUCGCAAAGAUCGGUUACUCCUCCGCCCAUGGCUACAUCUUCCCCCCCACCUCCACCAGCGGCUGGUGGGCCGGGAGGAGCCAGUUCUAGCGGCGGUGAUGGCGGUGGCGGCGGUGGUCCCCCUCCGAUGGCAUUCGAUAGCAGUAGCGUGAUUCCUCAGUCUCUCCUGCAGACCUCAGAUUCUCCCUCGUCACCUCAAGCAUCACCACCAACGGUCGAAGCCAAGCCGGUUCCUGCAAUUCGAGUGGCAACAGGCGACAGCUCACUGGAGUCUGAAAGAACCGCCAUCGACGAUUCAUUUGAAGAGGAGAUGGCCAUCGAAGGCGGAGACGAAGCCGAUGAAGCAGCAGCCCUCAUCAAGACGCCGAAGAGCAGCUCAAAAUCGCCAAAAUCUUCACGAAGUUCUAAGAAGAGAGACUCGCCAAACACCGUUGAACCUCACAGCUGCAACCAAGGCUCAACAGAGCAAGCGGCCAACGAACAAACCGAGCAGAAGCCCUCGGUGGUACGGGUGAGCGUCCGCGAAACGGCGACUCUUCUCCGGCCAACUUUGCACACGUUCCACAUAUGA